AUGCUAGUCGAAAGCGGAGAUGUGGAGGAAAUUCCGGUUGGUGUUGAGGAAGCAGCUGGCGUGGAUACGACUCCGGAGGUUGAACCAGUGGGUAGGCUUGUGCUUCCAGAUAUCGGUGCCGUCUCCGAGGUCUCAGUUAAAGGGAAGUCUGUGGUCGAAGAAGACUCGAUGAUUGCGGUAGAUGAAUGUUCUGCUGAGGAGCUCAGAUCUGAGCUUGUGCUAGGGACAGGGGCUAAAGAGGAAAUUUCGGAGAAUCCAGUUGUCGAUGGUGUCGGAACGAGAGAGCUUGAGAUUGGAAAACUACCGGUCGGUGUCCAAGAGUAA